ACAAAGCCGUAAAAAGAUUCGAUUGGCGACCGAAGAUUUACGAACUCGAUUCAGAAUGGCUGUUGAAGAACAAAAACAAAACCGAAUCACUAUGGAACAUUCAUUUAAAAAAUCUGAGGACGCGGUCAAGUUCUUUGAAGAUGUCUUCAACAAAGCUGAAAAAAUGUCUGAUGUUUUAAAUUCUCUUGGAAACAAUUGGGAAGACAGCGAUGAUGAUUUAUAUAACUAG